UCGACGGGUGUAGAGCGAGCCGCCGGGCGAAACAGCAGAGUCCAACUCCCUCUGUCCCUCCUAGUCAGUCACCGCAACCAGCCGCGGCGGCGCCCAUGGCCGCCACUGCACGACCCGCUCCCCUCCUCUUCCACCUGGCUGGCGCGCUCCUGCUGCUCCUCCUCGCUGCGGCGACGCCCGCGCUCUCCGCGGCCGGCGCCGGCGGAGGAGGAGGCACCAUCGUCUUCACCACGCUGGGACGGAGCCGCUACGCCUUCGACAUCUUCGCCGUCCCCUUAAACCGCGGCGACCACCUCGCCCUCUCCCCCUCCGACAAAUCCGCCGCAGCGGAGGUCCGGCUCACCGACGGCGCCUCCGUCAACUACAACGGCAACUUCGCCGCGUCCCCCUCCUCCGACGCGCUCCUCUUCGUCUCCGAGCGCAACGGCUCCCUCAACCUCUACCUCUCUCCAAUCCCCUCCUCCCCCACCUCCCGCCGCGAGGCCCUCGAGGAGAAGGAAGAGGAUUCCUCAGCCCAAAUCUCGCCGCUGCUCCCGUGGGAUCCCGUCGCGCUCAAGGACCGGCCCUCGUUGACCCCGGACGGGACCCGCCUCGUCUACGUCUCCACCGCGGUCCCCGCCGGAUCCCCGCGCAGGAGCUGGGCGGCGGUCUACUCCACCGAGCUCCACUCCGGUCGCACGCGCCGGCUUACCCCGGAGGGCGUCGCGGACUUCAGCCCCGCGGUGUCGCCGUCCGGGGAGUGGACCGCCGUCGCCUCGCCCGGGGAAGCCGGGUGGGCCGGCGAGGUGGAGGACCUCCGCACCGACAUCUACGUCUUCAGGACCUCCGACGGGUCCCGCCGCACGCUGGUUGUCCCAGACGGCGGGUGGCCGUGCUGGGCUGAUGAGGUUACCCUCUUCUUCCACCGCCGGGACAGCGACGGCUGGUACGGCGUGUACCGUGCUGAGAUUCACGGGCUCUCGGCGGCGGCGGGGGUCGUGGAGCGGAUUACCCCGCCGGGGUUCCAUGCCUUCACGCCGGCCGCGUCGCCCGGCGCGCCGGGGAUCGUCGCCGUGGCCACCAGGCGGCCGGGGUCCAAAUACCGGCAUGUCGAGGUUAUCGACCUGAGCAGUGGCGGCGAAAACGCCGCCUACUUCGAGGUCACCAGGUCCAUGGCGCCGCACGUGCACCACUUCAACCCGUUCAUCUCGCCGGACGGCGCGCGCCUCGGGUACCACCGGUGCCGGGGGAGCGGGAACGGGGACUCGCCGCUGCUGCUGGAGAGCCUCAAGAGCCCGGGGCCGGACACGGUGUCGCUGUUCAGGAUCGACGGGUCGUACCCUUCCUUCUCGCACGACGGCAAGAGGAUCGCCUUCGUCGGGCUGCCGGGGCUGUACGUUGUGAACUCCGAUGGCUCCAGUGUCCGCCGGAAGAUCUUCUCCGGGAACGCUUUCCCCACGUCGUGGGAUUGGAAGAGGGAGGGGGUGAUAUACACCAGCAUCGGGCCGGACUUCGCGAGCGAGAGCACGGAGGUGGACGUGGUGGCAGUGUCCCUCGGUGAUGGCGAAAGCUCUCAGGUUUCCAUCAAGAAGCUCACCCUCGGAGGCAAGAACAACGCGUUCCCGUCCCCGUCGCCGGAUGGCAAGUGGGUGGUGUUCCGGUCAGGGAGGUCCGGGCACAAGAACCUCUACAUCAUGGAUGCCGAGGAUGGCGAGGCUGGCGGCAUUCACCGCCUCACCAAUGGCCCGUGGUCCGACACCAUGUGCAACUGGUCCCCCGACGGCGAGUGGAUCGCCUUCGCCUCCGACCGGCACAACCCAGGAGGUGGCAGCUUCGCCAUCUACUUGAUCCAUCCCAAUGGCACCGGGCUCCGAAGGUUAGUGCACAGCGCCGACGGAGGCAGGACGAACCACCCCUGGUUCAGCCCGGACUCCAAGAGCAUCGUGUUCACCUCGGACCUCGCCGCUGUCUCCGCCGAGCCCAUAUCGAACCCGCACCAUUACCAGCCCUACGGAGAGAUCUUCACCAUCAACAUCGACGGGUCAGGCCUCCAGCGGCUCACACACAACUCGUUCGAGGAUGGCACGCCGUCAUGGACGCCAUACUUCCUCGAGCCUCGGGACGUCGGCGAGACGCUGCAGGCCUCUGGGACGUGUGCCUUCAACGACUGCCACUGGCUCGACUUAGUUUCCCAACCUGCAGAUGAUGGCCUUCGAUAUGCCCAUGGUAACAAGAUCGGCUGCUAAGAGCUGUGUUGUCCUUCUAGUGAAAUCAAGGAGAGCAUGUUUGUGAUGUAAAUAGCACAAAUGUACUUGUCUAAAUGUUUGCCAUGCAGUGCAGGAGCCUUCCUGGUUACUGCUUAUUACUAGUACUGUACCUAUAUUUUCCCAGGAAUAAGGCCAUGUAAAGUGAAGCCAUGAACAAGGCAAUUGUGUAUGAACCAACUUGCCAUUACGAUAUGUACUAUGAAGCUAUGCCCA